AUGGGGAGCACAACCAACAGCACCAAGACUAUGUAUGCCAGGAUCAUAAAUGGUUCUUGGUUUGAUCAAUUUCGCAAUGGCUCGAAUCCUUGGAUGGCUAGAUAUGCCUACAGCUUGAUGUUUCUCAUUACAAAUUUUCUUGCGUGGGCUGUUCGCGAUUAUGGACAUAGUGCCUUGACAGAAAUGAAAGGACUAAAUGGAAGCAAAUGGGUCAAAGACUGCUUGGGUGCAGAAGGAGUUCUGAGAGUUAGCUUGGGAUGCUUUACAUUCUAUUUUGCAAUGUUUCUUUCAACAGUUGGCACUUCAAAGCUAGAUGAUCGUAGAGAAUGUUGGCACUCUGGAUGGUGGUCUGCCAAGAUUGUGAUGAAGGUCGCACUGAUCAUAUUAUCAUUUCUUCUUCCUCCAGAGUUCAUUUCACUAUAUGGGCAGCUUGCGCAUUUUGGUGCCGGGGUAUUUUUAGUAAUUCAACUAAUAAGCAUCAUCAGUUUCAUUACAUGGUUGAAUGAUUGUUGCCAGUCCGAAAAAUAUGCUGACAGAUGCCACAUUCAUGUGAUGCUACUUGCAACAGCAGCUUAUGUUGUAUGCAUACUUGGGAUAAUUCUUAUGUACAUUUGUGUAUCUCUUCACCCAAAAGUGAACGCUGGCUUUGUGACUCCAGGAUUUAUGGGGCUUUAUCUGGUGUUCCUCUGCUGGUCUGCCAUCAGAAGUGAACCACCUGAAGGGAAAUGCAUUCAAAGAGCAGGAACUGCAGCAAAAAGAGACUGGCUAACCAUCAUAAGUUUUGUUGUUGCGGUUCUUGCAAUGGUUAUUGCGACAUUUUCAACUGGCAUCGAUUCUCAAUGCUUUCAGUUCAGGAAGAAGGAGAUACAGGAAGAUGAUGAUGUUCCUUAUGGUUAUGGAUUCUUUCAUUUUGUUUUUGCCACUGGAGCCAUGUACUUUGCAAUGCUCUUAAUUGGUUGGAAUACUCAUCAUACUAUGAAAAAGUGGACAAUUGACGUCGGCUGGACCAGUACUUGGGUGAAGAUAGUGAAUGAGUGGCUAGCAGCCUGCAUUUACAUAUGGAUGCUAGUGGCUCCAAUCAUUUGGAAAAGCAGGCAAGCAGCUGAAGCUGAAUUAGCAACACCUUAA